GUUCUUGUUUUGCCGUCUAAAUUUACUCAGCAUUAAAAACAGAAGGAGAGCGUUCGGCGUACCGUACACACCGCAGCAACGGGGCGGUCUAAGUGUGUGCGCGCGCGCGUGUGUGUGUGUGUGUGUAUGUGAGUACACUCUUUCACAACAGACAGCUCUCCUGUGACGGGUCCAGUUUCGAGGGAGCAGAGGAAGAAGAAUAAGGCGCCAUUGUGCCAACAGUCUUCCCUUAAAAGAACGCCAUUAUCGCCAUCUCGAGCAAGGCGACGCCCGCUGCCCUGCGCGUGAGAAAGAGAGCCAACAAAAAAAAAAAAGAUAUACGGAAUCCCUCUGGUUCCGCACGCCUUUGCUUCGGGUGUGUUGGAUGUGUUCGCGUCAGUGUGUGUUGACGGGUUUUCUUCAGCUCAGCGUUGUGUCCAGCAGCAGCACUGCCCCACCAUGAUCCGGCAGCGCUCGUCCGUGCGGAGCCGCGGCUCGUCCUCGACCACGAUCAGCGAUCCGCGGGAGAAGGUAAAGGACUGCUGCCGCAAGUUCGUCGCGUUCAUGUGCACCCAGGUCGGGGUGGGCGGGCUGAUCGUCGCGUACGCGCUGGUCGGCGCGGCCAGCUUCAUGUCGAUCGAGACGCAGGAGCCGAACCCGCUGAUCGAGCACGUCGUCACGCUCCGGCGGAACUGUGCGGCCGAGCUGUGGGACGUGACCGAGCAGCUCAACCUGUUCAACAGCUCGAUCUGGCACUACGAGGCCGACCUGGUGCUGAAGCGCUAUCAGGACGACUUUGCGGAGGCGAUCCGGCGCGGCUACGACGGCCGCUCGCCGGAGGAGGUGUGGAACUUUCCGGCGGCCCUGAUGUUCUGCCUGGCCGUGUUUACGAUGAUCGGGUACGGCAACAUGGUGCCGCGGACGGCGUGGGGCAAGGGUGCGACCGUCAUCUACGCGACGUUCGGCAUCCCGCUCUACAUACUGUACUUCAUGAACAUGGGCAAGGUGCUGGCGUCCACGUUCAAGUGGCUGUACACCUGGUUCCACGAGUGCAGCCACCGGAGCGACGAGGACGGCGGGCUCGCGCUGGAGGAGGGCCCGGGCGGGCUGGCGCCCCGCAAGCGCAUCAUCGUGCCGACGACCGCCUGCCUGUGGGUGAUCACGAUCUACAUCGCGACCGGCACGAUCAUGUUCGCCGAGUGGGAGAAGUGGACGUACCUCGACUCGGCCUACUUCUGCGUGACCAGCCUGUGCAAGAUCGGCAUCGGCGACCUGGUGCCGGGCGCGAACAUACUCGACUCGCAGAGCGGCAAACCGACCAAGCUGGUGAUCAACUUCGUCUACAUGCUGCUCGGCAUGGGCCUGGUCGCGAUGUGCUACAUCCUGAUGCGGGAGGAGGUGCGCAUCAAGAUGCAGGAGAUCAAGGAGGACACGCGCCUCUGCCUCGAGGAUCUCAGCUCCAAGUUUGCCAAGUGCUGCGGCACCAAGGACUCGCAGUACUAUGACUAAGCGACCAAUUCCAUGCCCGAUUUUUUUUCGGGGGAAGAAGAAGAAGAAGAAAAGGAACAAGAAGAAGGUGAGACGCCGGUACCUAGCCUUCGCCUAGCCGUAAACGCUCAUGUAUUAGUAGUGUAACAGCAUUAUCAGAAUUAUCAACACAAAAUGCCGUCGAAGCAAACCAUUGUACCAUACCAGCGAACGUGAAGAUGAGCGGAGUGGUCGUCUCAGUGGUUCACGUUCGAAAAAUGUAACAAAUAAUAAAAUGAAUACUUCAAUCAA